AAUGUCACUAGCGAGUCUACUUCCCAGUUUUUAAUGGUUCUGCUGUCCUUGACAAACAGAAAAUUUCUUUCAUGAGGAAGAGGAGCAGAGGGAAGAUGCUCUGUGAUGCGGCCUGGCAUGCAGAUCAGUAACACUGCCAUCACCUCUUCGUUCUCUUGGUUCUCUGUUCCCAACUAAGUUUCUGCCGCUGUGUGACUGACCACUCCAGGGGCCGCAGGGGGCCGUCAGGAUGAGCUUUCCCUUCCUGCCAGGCUGCCUGUACCAGAAAAUUAUCAGAAGAGCCUCAGCCUGAGGCCUCCCCAUGGAUGAGUCGAACGGGACAUCACUUGUUGAGGAAUCCAUGAACGCCUCGGCCAGCAGAAACGCCUCCCUGGGGAACACAGGUCGGCAAAUCCCAAUUGUGCACUGGGUAAUUAUGAGCAUUUCCCCACUGGGGUUUGUUGAAAAUGGGAUUCUCCUGUGGUUCCUCUGCUUCCGGAUGAGAAGAAAUCCCUUCUCAGUCUACAUUACCCACUUGUCGAUUGCAGACAUCUCGUUACUCUUUUGUAUUUUCAUCCUGUCUAUUGACUAUGCCUUAGACCACGAGCUCUCUUCUGUCCACCACUACACAAUUGUCACAUUAUCAGUGACUUUUCUGUUUGGCUACAACACCGGCCUCUAUCUGCUGACAGCCAUCAGCGUGGAGAGAUGCCUGUCUGUCCUCUACCCCAUCUGGUACCGAUGCCAUCGCCCCAAGCACCAGUCAGCAUUCGUCUGUGCUCUCCUGUGGGCACUUUCUUGCUUGGUGACCACCAUGGAGUAUGUCAUGUGCAUUGACAGUGGAGAAGAGAGUCCCUCUCGAAAUGAUUGCAGGGCUGUUAUCAUUUUUAUAGCCAUCCUGAGCUUCCUGGUCUUCACACCCCUCAUGGUGGUGUCCAGCACUAUCUUGGUGGUGAAGAUCCGGAAGAAUACGUGGACGUCUCAUUCCUCGAAGCUGUACAUCGUCAUCAUGGUCACCAUCAUUAUCUUCCUCAUCUUCGCCAUGCCCAUGAGACUGCUUUACCUGCUCUACUAUGAGUACUGGUCAACGUUUGGGAACCUGCAUCACAUUUCCCUUCUCUUCUCCACAAUCAAUAGCAGCGCCAACCCUUUCAUUUAUUUCUUUGUAGGCAGCAGUAAGAAGAAGCGGUUCAAGGAGUCUUUAAAAGUGGUCCUGACCAGGGCUUUCAAAGAUGAAAUGCAACCGAGGCGCCAGGAAGACAGCUGUAACACCGUCACUGUUGAGACUGUCGUCUAGGGACUGCGGAGGGAAAUUGUGGAUAAACAUGGUGGAACGCGGAUCGUUUUGGGGUUGUGCUUGGAAUGCAAUUUAAGUAUCUCCUAUGUAUGAUACAGAAGGACACCUCAUCUCCGCAUGCAUGAGAUACUAAUUAAUAAAGAGAUUGUACA